UGUUAAUGUGUAUUGAUCUGAAUGCUGUCAGUUUUUGAAGAAAAUGAAGAAAUUAAAUAUAAUAUUCGUUUCGAAUUCGAUGAGUGAUCUAUUUUUAUCCAUAAUUAAGUUAACUUAUUAGAUUGUAAUAUACUUUUUUAAAUAUUAGAACUAGCAGUGAACCUUAAAAUACUCCUUAAAUCGAAUUAUACUAAAAUGGAGACUGUUGACCGUAUUCCUCGAUCACCAUUACAUUUAUAUAUUCAUUUAUAUUGUAAUAAACGACAAUUGUUGGACAAAAAUAUUAAAAAGAAUCAUAAACUUUUAAAAGAGGCAACCCAAUCUUGGCUUUCCCUUAAUGAUGAUGAGAAACAGGUAUUCAUUUCAAAACAUGAUGAAGUAAUAGCAGAACAUAAGCAAAAAAUCGCAGCUUCCCUUAAAAAUGUAAAGCCUUAUCUAAGAAAUAAGAGUCAAAAUCGUUCCAGACCUGAAAACAGCAAAAAUAGUUACAUUCUGGGACCAAAUCAGAUUGAAAUAAAUUUAAAUGAAAGCUUACAGGAAAAUAUACCACAAAAUAUCAGUACUAUUACGUGGCGUACUUGUGGCGAUAUGGAUGAUAAAAAAAUGUCAGAUAUCACUUUCUCAGUAAAUCAACAAAUUCCAAGUGAUAUAAAUGAAAAGAGUAAUAUAACUCAAGAUCAACUGUUCAUGCGAGAAAAACUGCCUGAACCAAUUCCACCAAGUGUAAUGUCUGGCAAAGAACUUUUUUUAUUUUUGGGCACUGAAGCAGAAAAUUGUACAAAUUGGGAAUCUUUACCAGAUUAUAAGAAGAGAUACUAUCAGAGAGCUGUCCUUGCUAUAAAAAGAAAUUACAUAAGAUCUUACAGAGCAUUUUUGGAAAGCUUGGAGCUUAAGGAGCUGUAUAAAUUUUAUAUCAGGAAUAAAGAAAUUGAAUGAGAACUGUUUUAAAUAGUGUUUUUCUACUGUGUGUACAUUAAUUGUUCAUAUUUCAGGCAAAAUAUACAAAAAAAAGUAAAUCAAUAAUUUAAUCAUCCAUAAUAAAUAUCCUUCUACCUGUCCACACAAUUGCUACAGAUUAUGCAAGACUUUUUCAUAAUAUUCCAGAAUAAUUGGUUACACAAAGUUGUUCACCUUUAUCACACAAAAGUAAAUGUCAAAGAGAAUGGCAUUCACUUGGAGGUCACCACCACUUUGUUAACAUGUUUGCUUUAACCUUUAACACUUUGAAAUUAAUACCUAGAUAGCAUAGUUCUUUAUUUGUGCA